AUGGCGGCGUGUACCGACGUGGUGCAACAUAAAGGCCAGGGAGCUCAGAGCGAUACGCUCGGCUUGCCAUACAUUCCUCCCUAUCUAAGGGGCAGAGUGGUGCAGAUCUUGACGGACAAUACAGCAGCAACGUUCUUCAACAAGCAAGACGGGGCCCGCUCGUCUGCCCUGUGUCGAGAGGCUCUUCGCCUGUGGGACUUCUGUGUGCAGCAGGCUGGUCAUCUCAAGGCUUCGCACCUCCCGGGCGCCCAGAACGCGCGGGCAGAUCUCCUCAGCAGCUACUUCUCCUCUCGCCAAGAGUGGUCACUCCACCCAAAGGUUGUCAGCACGAUCUCCCCCAGGUAUCCGGGCUAUCUGCAGAGCCGCCACCUGGUCCUCGGUCCAUAUGCCAUCAGCCAGCAGGCCCACGACGAGGCCAGCUUGGCAGAGCAGUGUUGCAAGCAGCACGUCCAUGAACCACGGCUCCGGGCCGACACUGUCACGCUGCGAUCCGCCAAGAGUGAGGAGUCACUCACGUCUCAGUCCAGCACCGCGGGCCUGCACAAACUGAACCGCCUGCGGCGCCCGCGCUCCAGCAGCGACGCCUUCCCAGCCCUGCCUGGAGCCCUUCCCGGGUCCCCGCCAGCCCCCCUCAAGCCCUGCCGCUCCUGCGAGUCGCUGAGCUCCUCGGCCUCCGGCGGCUACAGCGAGAGCCUGGCACCCCAUCGCCGCACCUCCCUCUGGCUGGACGAUGAGGGCGAGCUGGACUCGGACCCAGAGCUCAGCCCCCCCGGCUUCCUGGACUUGGACCUGCUCCCCUUCCGGCACAGCCCCCCCUGGCGCCCCUCGCUCUCUGAGGCCUCUGACUCGGCCCCCAGCCCCGCCCGCCUUCCCUUCGCCUGCAAGGUGACCCGGGCGCUUUCACCCCGUGGCCCGGAGCCUCCCACAGCUGCCCUGGAGAUCUCGGAGCCCGUGGCCAUCUCGCUGCCUGCCAAGGUGCUGGAGAUGCUGGGGGGGGGUGAGACUGGGGGUGUGCUGAGGCCCGGACGGCGCUGGGGAACGCGCAGCCCCCCCCACAUGAUCUCCCGGCUGCUGCAGGCCGGCGACGGGAUGCUGACUGACAGCUGCCAGCGUGAGGUGCAGCACAAACUGACCCAAGCCGAGAGCGGAAGCCUGGCCCAGA